AUGGCAUUCGGGGUCAAGUGGAGAAGCUGGAUCCCUGGGUGCAUAUCCAACCCUAUUUUCUCAAUCCUCAUCAAUGGCUCGCCUAAGGGUUUCUUCCUAGCUAGUAGAGGUCUUCGCCAAGGUGACCCGCUGUGGCCUUUCUUGUUUGCAAUAACGGCUGAGGUCUUCAGUAACUCAAUAUCGAGAGUUUAUCUAGCUGGUCUCUUGAGUGGGUUUUGCUCGAGUAACCAUGGCCCAUUUGUCUCUCAUCUGCAGUACACGGAUAACACCCUCGUCUUCUACAACUCCUCUAUAUCCCAUGCUGAUACUCUUCGGGUGUUCCCAAAAUGCCUCGUGAUGGCUACUGGGUUCACGGCCAACCAAGCCAAAUCUAAAAUGAAGGAAGUGUGCACUGACCCGUUGUUGGUCCAGUUUCUUACCAAUAGAUGGGGUUGUUCUAUAGAGCAAUUACCGUCCACUUACCUCAGAUUUCCACUAUGCCUUGGCCUGCCUCAACUUUCUCAAUGGAAUCAUAAUCUCGAUAAGUUUGAUAGGAGGUUCGAGGGUUGGACAAGCAGAUUCCUAUCUAAGGAGGGAAGGCUCACUCUAAUCAAAGCCACCCUUGUCAAUACUCCAGUGUUUCAGAUGUCUCUCUUUCUCAUCCUGGCCUUGAUGGCUAAUGGAUGGGAGAAUUCAAUGAGGAAUAUCUCUUGGUCGGGGGAGCAUGGACAUAAGUUUCAUCUCAUCUCUUGGAAUAAACUAUGUCUUCCAAAAUCCCAAGGGGAUUUGGAUAUUCGAAGCCUCAGAAACCAUAACAAUGCCCUCUUGGGCCAAUGGUGGUGGAGGUUCACCACCCAACCUGGCUACCUAUGGACGGAGGUCAUAAGAUCAGUCAUUGGAAUGCAAAACCAGUGCGCAGAUCUCGGGAUUCUAGAGGUAUGCCCUUCGAACUCGUGA